AUGUAUAAAUACAUUGAAGUUCACAUUGUUGAAGCAAAAGACGUUAAAGACACUGAUACUAUUGGCAAAGGUGAUCCAUACAUUCAAUUUUGGUUUGAUAGUUCUGCUACAAAAUAUAGAACUGAUGCGAGGGCUGGAACAGCCACUCCUGUUUGGGAUAAAAAAUUCAAAAUCAAAUAUGAAAAUCAAAAGGUUCUACAUCUUCAACUUCUAGACGAUGAUGUCGGCAAAGAUGACAUUAUUGGUGAUGCGACAUUAGAGCUUAGUGAGUUUGAACGUGCUGAUGAUAAAAGAUACGUUGAUAAAUGGUGUAGUGUACAGUCUAAGGAUGAUGCAAAAUCUAAUGGCGAGGUCCGUGUUAUUUUAGAACUUAUUGAUUAG